CCUCAGUCUUCAUUUAACACUAAGGUGUUGUUUUAAGUGGAAAUUUGAGCAAUCUUCUAGAAUAAUUAUUCUUCAGCGGAUACAGCUGAGGAUUGGCAAAUGAGCCUUGCUUAUUUUAAAACAGUUUUUUGAGUGGGUGAGUUCAGCAGGCUAGGCAUAGAAUGAGAUAAAUGUGUGGGUAUACAUAUAUCUAUAUCAGUGAAAGCUGACAUAAUUACUGUGCUCCGUGCCUGAAUUGGCACCGUACUGUAUUUUAAAUUAUAGGGCUACACAGAAUGCUAGCUAGCAGGAAAAUAUAUAUACAGAUUAAUAAACAGUGGUAUUUUUUUCUCUUUGUUCAUUCUUCCCUUUUUACACCUGGUAAAUACAUUUAGCACCCAACUGCUUGAGGAGAAAAGGGGGAUUGGGAGAAAUACAGAGCUUACCAUGAAUCCCGGGUACUUGCUGUGAUGUCACUGCAAGAUCUGUGUGAACGUGGGUGGUGUGAGAGCUCCAAGAGUGAGUGGGGGAGCAGUGAAAGAGACGAUGUCGCUUCCAGAGAAGCAGCCAGCCUCUCUCACUGCCGCUCUUACUGCUGCGUACGACCAGCUCUCUAAAGGCAAUCCUUCAGAGCGCAGAAUGGACUCCCCGAAAGAAAUCAGUCAGGAUGGAUUUGAAUGGCAGAGGACAGAGGGUAAACUGAAUGAAAUCGGGAUGAAUGUCAGCAUGGAUGGGCAGCUGAAAGACGGGCUUGUGAAGAAUUCCAGCUUCCUGGAACAGAAUAAGCUCGGCUUGUUUGAGGGGAAGCUAGACAAAGAACUUAACAUCGAAGAGCCUAACAAGGCAUAUCAAGCAACCUCCGGUCACCUUGAGAGCAGGUAUGUGAUUUCAGGAACCUGCCAGACCUCGGAGGGGAACUUAGUGCAACAAAAGGCAGCUGAGUUCCACCCGGGACUCACAGAGGGGCAAGACAAAGCCGUUCCAGUUCAGGGGAAGGUGGUGGGGAAGAAUGGACUAGAGAUCAAGAGCCAGCCAGAUUUCCCCUGGGCUGCAGACACUCUCACUCAACAUGGUGAGGAACAAGAAACCAGUGCUUGGAACCCCAACUUUUACUCAGUGACUCAGAGCCCUCAGGUCUCAAUGGCUGCAACUCCAGGAACAGAGAAGAAUGGCCUCGUCUCCAGCUGCUCAGUGAUUGGGAUGACGAAUGAUAACUCUGGACAGCUUAAUAAUAAGUCCCCAUUACUGGUGGCUAUCACCCACCCAGACCCAACUAGUGAGCAUUUGCCCACCACCAGUCCACCAAUCACUAUGGUGGAACUCACUCAGGAAAAUUUGAAUACAGGCUUUCAAAGCCCAAGCCAGGACAAGGAGUUGGAAAAAUUAAGUUCUAUUGAGGAGGGGCCUUUGUUUGACCAAGUCCCCCAGCAGAAAAAGGCAAUCCGAAGAGCCCUAUCUGAGUGUUACCACCUCUCAGUGCCCCCGGCUGUGAAUCUUGCUGAUAAGUACCCUGAGCUGCCUGCCCGAGAGGAGCUUUCUUCUGGCCUGCUGCCCCCCACCAGUAGCCCAAUGCCAAGCCCUAUGCCCAGGAAGCUGGGAGUGCCUGCCAUGAGGCGCUCCAUGACAGUGGCUGAGGAGCAGCCAGCCGGCUGCGGAUUGAGUGCUGGGGAGCUGCCUGGCCUGUCUGCUUCCGAGGUACCUACUCCUGUAACCUUCGAGGAACCAGUGGCCAAGGAGAGAGAAGAACUGAUCCACUUCAGCAAUGACAGCAGCAGCUCUGGGAAGAAGGAACUGGGCAUUGUCGGGCUGUAUCUCCACAGUAAGCUGGAACAGAUUCCCGAAGGAAGCAGCAAGGGAAAAGGGCAGGAAGAUACUAGUGAGACAAGAGUUGAUUCAUGUCCCUUCAUCUGCCAGGGAGGCGAGAAACAGCUGAUGGCACUGGCAGGAAAGAAAGAAAUUGAGGUCACUGCAACCCAGAGCACUCCAUCGUUGCUGUGCGAAGAGACCCCACGUGAUGGAGUAUCCCGGCAAGAAGAAGGAAAGGCUGCUGUUGGUCUGACUGGAAAUGACAUCGCUACUCCACCAAACAAGGAGCUACCACCAAGCCCAGAAAAGAAAGCAAAGCCUUUGGCCACCACUCAACCUGCAAAGACUUCAACAUCGAAAGCCAAAAUACAGCCCACUUCUCUCCCUAAGCAACCAGCUCCCACCACCUCUGGUGGGUUGAAUAAAAAACCCAUGAGCCUCGCUUCAGGCUCAGUUCCAGCUGCCCCACACAAACGCCCUGCUGCUGCCACUGCUACUGCCAGGCCUUCCACCCUACCUGCAAGAGACCUGAAGCCAAAGCCAAUUACAGAAGCUAAGGUCGCUGAAAAGCGGACCUCGCCAUCCAAGCCUUCAUCUGCCCCCGCCCUCAGACCUGGACCUAAAACCACCCCAACCAUUUCUAAAGCCACAUCUCCCUCAACUCUUGUUUCCACUGGAUCAAGUAGUAGAAGUCCAGCUACGACUCUGCCUAAGAGGCCUACCACCACCAAGACUGAGGGAAAACCUGCUGAUGUCAAAAGGAUGACUGCUAAGUCUGCCACAGCUGACUUGAGUCGCUCAAAGACCACCUCUGCCAGUUCUGUGAAGAGAAACACCACUCCCACUGGGGCAACACCCCCAGCAGGGAUGGCUUCCACUCGAGUCAAGUCCAUGUCUGCACCUUGCCGGUCUUCUGUGGCUCUUUCCGUGGACAAGAAGCCCACCUCCACUAAGCCUAGCUCCUCUGCUCCCAGGGUGAGCCGUUUGGCCACAACUGUUUCUGCCCCUGAUCUGAAGAGUGUCCGCUCCAAGGUCGGCUCCACAGAGAACAUGAAGCACCAGCCGGGAGGAGGCCGGGCCAAAGUAGAGAAAAAAACAGAGGCAGCUACCACAGCUGGAAAUCCUGAGCCUAAUGCAGUCACUAAAGCAGCCAGCUCCAUUGCGAGUGCACCGAAGCCCCCUGCCGGGAAAGUCCAGAUAGUCUCCAAAAAAGUGAGCUACAGCCAUAUUCAAUCCAAGUGUGGGUCCAAGGACAAUAUUAAGCAUGUCCCUGGAGGUGGCAAUGUUCAGAUUCAGAACAAGAAAGUGGACAUAUCCAAGGUCUCCUCCAAGUGUGGGUCCAAAGCUAAUAUCAAACACAAGCCUGGUGGAGGAGAUGUCAAGAUCGAAAGUCAGAAGUUGAAUUUCAAGGAGAAGGCUCAAGCCAAAGUGGGGUCCCUUGAUAACGUUGGCCACUUGCCUGCAGGAGGAACCGUGAAGACUGAGGGCGGUGGCAGUGAGGCCCCUCCGUGUCCAGGCCCCCCCGCUGGGGAGGAGCCAGCCAUCCCUGAGGCUGCGCCUGACGCUGGCGCCCCUACUUCAGCCAGUGGCCUCAGUGGCCACACCACCCUGUCAGGGGGUGGUGACCAAAGGGAGCCCCAGACCUUGGACAGCCAGAUCCAGGAGACAAGCAUCUAACGAUGACAUUCUGGUCUCGUCUUCCAUCUCCCUGUGUUCCCUCUCUUGUCUCCCCCCUUGUUGCCCUCUCCCAUCCCUCCUCACGUGUCACUGCAGAUUGAGACCUACAGGCUGACGUUCCGGGCAAAUGCCAGGGCCCGCACCGACCAUGGGGCUGACAUUGUCUCCCGGCCUCCCCACUUCCCUGGUGGCCCAAGCUUGGGGUCUCGGGCCCUGGGCUCCUUUUCCCGGGCCGUCUACUAGACUUGUAAGCUCUUGGGUGCUGGGCAGCCCCUUUAGGCCUCCUUCCCUCCUGCCUCGCUUGCUCAAGGCAGCAGCAGCCCUGCUGCCUUCACACCUCCUUCCACCCUUUCUGGGCCCAGCUCCAACUUCACUAUCGCCUUCACUGCUCUAUGGAGAAAGGUGGGAGGGGAUGGGAGUCUAAUGGGAUCUCUGUGGGAUCUAGGGGUGAGGGGCUGGAUUCCAGCCUUGGCCGUUUGGUUUUUUUGGACCAAACCCAAAAGAAACUGACAAACCCUCCCUCUCUUCCCUGGCUCACCCUGGAGAGACUAGUAAAGGUGAACUCCGAGUGGAGACCAGCACCGACCGAACCCCCUGGAACCCAAACUACUGCCUCUCCUUGACCCCAUGCUAGAGGCCACCAUGGAGGUGUCACCAGGCCCUUUUGCUGCCCUGCCUCAAGUUAGUCAAGGUUCAGUCCUCCUUGUCCCCACUGCUUAUUGUACCUGAAUAGCUGCUGUCUCACUUUUUUUUCUUCUUUUCCCCUUCCCAAUAACCUAUGAACUGGUGGUGUAGUUUGCAGGUUGAAGCUAUGUCUAAAUGAGAGUUCUCAGUAGGUGGUGAAGGAAGCAGAGGAGGAGAUCCUGAGUCUCCACUGAGGAGGCUGUCAGGCAUUGGGGUUUGCCCUACUCUGGGCAGCUUGGAGCCUGUGGGAAGAAGUGGGACUAUUGCCUAGUGAAGUUGGACAGCUAGGUGGGUCAGCGUGACUGGCUGUGUUGGUAUUGUAUAUUUGCUGCUUUUCUAACAAAAGGCUGGUUUUGGCAUCUAUCUCAUUCCCUGGGAAUCCGGUGGUUAAUGUAUGAUACAAAACCAGGGCUGGAGAAACAGAAAUGAAGGUCAAAGUCCCUGGUCUGUACUUGCAGGCCAUGGCACCCAAAUCCUCAUAUCUAGGGGAGCCUGAGAUGUCCAGAAUGCUUGUGAACAGUGGGGAAUCAGGUGUGAAAAUUUAAAACUAAAAUGCAUGAGACUGAGGCCAUCCCACUUUUCUUCUGGUGUGACUGGAGAGGAGCAGGAGAGGCCAGCCGUGGAGGUGCAGCCAUCCCAGUGUGGUCUGCUCAUGGAUGGGAUGGCUGCAAUAUUGAGAAAAUCCCGGGAAUUGUAUCAACACAAGAUUCUUAUUGCACUUGUAUUUUUUGUAUUAAAGUUUGCAUGGUUUCUAAUAAAGAAUUCAAACCUAAGUUUGUAUUGAAAUGGCCUGGGAGUGUCUAAGGGCUCCUCUGGUAGGGCAUUUUCUGCUGGGCAGAUUUGCCUCUCAGGAGGCUGACCCAGACUUGACCCCCCCAGGCCCUCCUCCUAACACAGCCUCGCCUCUGCUUGGGUGCGUUUUUGAGCAGGUAGAGGUCUUCACUAUCUCUCUGCCAAGGGAGGGUAUCCCUGGGCUUGAAGGUCCUCUCCAUUUAUGAGGUAGCAGUUACUUUAUAAUCUUGACACGGAAUCCCUAGCUCUCUAAGCACACACAAAGAAUUAUUGCGGUCUGUAGAAAAAAAGGACUGCCAGAACUAUGCUUGGAGCCUGCAUUGUAUUUUGCAGCAAGAAGGGGGCCCAACGGAGCUGGGAAGGACGCAGUAGGGAUCAGGGUAGUGAUGGCUGAGGGCAUAAAGGUACUUGCUACCCUCCUUGAUGUUAAUCUUGGGGCCUUGAAGAUGCUGAUGAAAUUGUCAAGAAACAAGUCCAUUGGCCAAGGAUUAGAGAAAGGAAGGCAGCCCAAGCUCUCUAGGUAGCUCCCCGGAAGGAUGCCACAAGCCAGAGAACCUGAGAAGGCUGGUCUAGCAGAUUGGGACCACAGGCCAUGUGGUGUGCAUACUUGGAAAUGUUUGGGAAUAAGAUCUUUUCUGUACUUUACAGUUUGCUCAUGGCUUAGCCAUUUCCUGUGUCUAUAAUUGUUGUACUGAUUUAAACAAUAAAGCUGCCUGACAUCCCACCA